AUGACCGCCUCUGCACUCGCCUCUCCCGCACUCUCCGAGUCGUCUCUUUCUUCCAAGGCACAGACCAUCCAUUCGAGCAGCAAGACCCUUGACUCUCUCCAGCAGUCACACAUCGAGUCAAAUAACGCGCUCUCCCCCGCGUCGACACCCUCCUCUUCCUUCUCUCCUUCGCCCUCUCCUUCCCAACAACACACCCAAAUCCACACCUUCAACAACAGCAGCCAUCCUUCCCACCCUUUGUUCGCUCCCUCCGCCUCUACUACUCCUUCAUCACAACACCAACAACAGCACCAUCACCAGCUCCAGAUUCUCGGAAACCACCCCGCAUCGCCUGUCGCCUGCACCUUCCUCGAUCUACCUGAAGACCCUUUUAUGCCUACCCGCGCCAACCUCCUCUUCUCCGAUAACGAGUACCGUCAAGAGUCCCAAGAAUCCAACUACGACAGCGAAGCCUUCAUGCCUUACGGAACCACCUCUGCCGCAACCCCCGCUGCUGCCAGUGUGAACGAGCACAUCUACCCUCAGACAACCUCGUCUUCGUCGUCGUACUUCAUGCCCAUGUCCCGAACCUUCUCCGACAGUCAGCUGUCCGACAUGUCGUCCGCUUCUCCUUUCGAUUCCCACGCGGCUGCUACUGCUCUUACCGGUCAGGCCAGCCUCAACCACGCUACCGGAACCGCCAUGUGCCAGUCUCCCCUAGCAUACAACAGCCAGGUCGUGUACAAUGAUGAUUAUUACGCAUCAGCACACCAGCACAACCUCUACUCUCAGCAGCACUCUCAGAGCCACCACCACGACCAUAGUCAUAACCACCACCAUCAUCACAGCUACUCGACCUCGUCUCUUUCGUCCAUCUCCGAGGACUCGUCGUCGUUGUCGCCUCGAUCGCCGUUCUCGAGUCACGGAAGCAUGUCCAUGUCUAGCUCUUGCAACUCUUUGGCCUCGUACCCUCUGUCGAGGACAUUGAGCGAGUCAUCGGUGCCAUUCUUCCAGGCCAUCGGGGGAAAUAACAACGCAAUGUCGGUCAAUGAUGGAAACAAUAACCAUAACAAUGGCGUCACUGGUUCGAACGGUACAUCCUUGGUCAGGCCUACACCCAAGCGCUCCCGCGGCCGUCGCGUCUCGUGCAACCCAGAUAACAGCGGCUGCAAGGUUUUCACCUGCCGCUUUGAGGAUUGUGGCAAGAUUUUCAAGCGGUCAGAGCACCUAAAGCGCCACGUUCGCUCCAUCCAUACCAUGGAUAAACCCUUCGAGUGCCCCAUUAUGAACUGCCCCAAGCGCUUCUCUCGAAGCGACAACCUGAACCAGCACAUCCGCAUCCACCGCCACAAUGGUCGCGGCGAGAAGAACAAGGGUUUCAAUGCCUUUACCCCGUUCCUCCAGAACUACCCCAACGAGCUGCUCUCCUCCCUGUCUUAA